GUUAAUGUUGAUUACCAACAAUUAACGAAAGUUCAACACAAGUUUUAAUUACAAAGUGAUUUUCAACAUCUUCCACCUUCCAAGUAAUCAACUAACUUUAAAAUCAUCCAUUCCUCCAUUCAAUUAACCAGAACAAUUAAAAAUGUCUAACAAUGAUGUCGCAAUAAUACCAGUAGAGGUGACGGAGGCCAAUAUACCAAAUCGUUACUUCGUUAAUCAAACUUUUAUGGACGACGAGAUAAGACCAGAAACUAACGUUGACCAAGAUGGUCAGUUAACUGAUAAAACUUUGGAUCGUCGUUGUAGCUUUCAAACGGUCGGUAUCGAAUGGCAAGACUUGAGUGUCUCAUCUCGACCGGUUAAACCUUUGUUUCGAGCUGCAUCCACAACUGAGCCCAUUCAAAUUAUCAACAAUGUCUCCGGUAAAAUUGCCAGUGGCCAUUUACUUGCCAUCAUGGGAGCAUCAGGAGCUGGUAAAACGACAUUUCUUAAUGUUCUAACUGGACGGAACCUUAGGAAUCUCGAUGUUCGCGGUAAUGUUUAUCUCAAUGGUCAACUUGCCACCGCUGAUAUGACAGCCGCAUGUUCAGCUUAUGUACAACAAGAUGAUAUGUUCAUCGGUGUAUUAACUGUUCGGGAGCAUCUUUUAUUCCAGGCUAAUCUUCGGACUUCGGCUAGUUUUACAUCAGCAGAGAUUCGCGAAAAAGUGGACCAUGUCAUAUUCGAGUUGGGAUUGAGAAAGAUUGAAAAUAGUCGCAUUGGUACACCAGGAAUGGACAAGUCGAUUUCUGGAGGAGAGAUGAAGCGACUUGCUUUCGCUUCUGAGGUUUUAACUGACCCGUCGAUACUUUUCUGCGAUGAACCAACCUCAGGACUCGACUCUUUUAUGGCUCAAAGUGUCGUUAGUGUCCUUAAGUCUAUGGCGGCCACCAAAAGGACUGUUCUUGCUACUAUUCAUCAACCUUCAUCCGAAGUGUUUGAAAUGUUUGAUGAAAUUUUACUCCUCUCUCAAGGUCGAGUCGCUUUCAUGGGCAACUCUUCCGAUGCUCUCGAGUUUUUCUCCGGGAUUGGACUUCAUUGUAAACCGAAUUACAAUCCAGCCGAUUUUUAUAUUCAACAAUUAGCCAUCGUUCCAGGUAGAGAAGAUGAGUGUAAACAAAAGGUUAAAGAAAUUUGUCAAAAGUUUUCUGAAUCAAAAUUCGCCGCCAAUAUGAACAACAGAGCAAAUUUAUCGGAAACCGAAAUUCAUAGUGAAUAUAAGUCGAAGAUCAGCUCUUUCUAUAAGCGAGGAUACUUAACUCAGAUCAAAUGGGUUCUAUGGAGAUCAUGGUUGAUCAAUACAAGAGAACCACUUUUAAGUACCAUUAGAAUAGCUCAGACAUUCUUUUUCGCUUUUCUAUUAGGAUUCAUUUAUUUUGGACAAGAAUAUAAUCAAGAAUCAAUCAUGAACAUCGACGGUGCUCUAUUUAUUUUACUCGCUAACAUAACAUUUACCAAUGCAUUCGCCGUAAUCAAUACCUUUUGUUUAGAACUCCCGGUUUUCAUUCGAGAUUAUGGUAAUGGACUUUACUCGGUGGCCGUUUAUUUCAUCUCAAAGACUCUCGCUGAAUUACCUUAUUUCAUUGUGUUACCUUUCUCAUUUGCGGCGAUAACUUAUUGGAUGAUUGGACUUUACAAAGAUGUCGAAGUGUUUUUACUCACGGCGUUCGUAUUAACAUUGAUCGCUAAUGUGGCCUCGGGUUUUGGUUAUUUCAUCUCGUGUAUAAGUAAAAAUGUCACCAUGGGCCUUUCAAUAGCUCCACCCUUUAUGAUUCCUCUCAUGCUCUUUGGUGGCCUAUUUUUGAAUAACAAAUCGAUUCCUGUCUAUUUAGAUUGGAUUAAAUAUAUCAGUUGGUUUUAUUAUGGAAAUGAGAUUUUGGUUGUUAACCAAUGGCGAAAAGUGACCAAUAUUACCUGUGAUGUACCCGAAUCAUUGAACGAUAUAAGCUCCAUGAUGAGUGCAAUGGAAAUGUUCAACUCCAACGAUUCAGCUAUAAAUCUACAUGAUAUUAUCCCUCCAGGAUUAGGUUGUGUUCUAGAUGGUGAAGGUGUUAUUAGAAGAUUGAAUUUCGACGAAAACAAUGUAGUCCGUAAUUUCAUCGCUUUAGGCGUUUUACUUGUCGCUUUUAGAUUAUUAGCUUUUAUCUGUCUUAGUAUUAGAGCUCGAAUAUUACGAUAGAACUGUCAAUAAUUUAUCGAUCAUACUCACCCUUUUACUCCAUUUGAUUUGUAUAAUAAUCGACUUAAAAUUCUCGUCAAAUAUUUUAGUCAUUCUUAAUUGUGUAACUUUUUUUUAUUAUUUGGAUGAUAUUUGAAUAGAAUCCUGUCAAAUAUGUUAUGGUUAAAAUUUUCUUAUUCGAGAAAAGAAAAACUUGAAUCAAUUGUUACUCUGAAUUUAAUUAAAAUUAAAGUAAGGUCACAAAUGAUAAAACUAUAAAAAGAAUUUUAUUUAAAAUGAAAAA